AGCUGGAGUCGAGGAUGAAUAAUUUUAGUAAAGUGAGAUCAGUACGCCAUACACUAAGCAAUUUGUUUCGAAAAGGCGUAUGUAAGGUCCUUUCAGUUGGUCCAAUCCCCACUCACAUAGCCUUCAUCAUGAAUGGAAAUCGAAGAUAUGAUCAAAAGUUGAACCUGGCAAAGGGGACAGGGCACAGUAUUGGCUUACUGGUUAUGUUGACAAUGCUCAUGCACUGCUGCGACCUGGGUAUAAGAUACGUAACAGUUUAUGCCUUCAGCAUUGACAAUUUCAAGCGAAAGCCUGAAGAAGUUGAGCGCGUCAUGGACUUGCUUAAGUUUACUUUUGAGCUAUUAAGUGAAAAGAACAGCAUAGCAAACCUCUAUAGUGUCAAAUUCCAUUUUUCGGGCAACCUAGACCUCUUAAAUGAACCUGUCAAGAACGCAGCCAAGGAAUUAAUGGCAAAUACGGCCAACAACUCUAAAGCUUUCUUCACAUUUUGCAUUGCUUACACUUCCACUGAUGAAAUGGUGAGUGCCAUCCGAGAAGCUUGCGAUGAAAGGCGGCGCGCAAUGCAAGAACAGAAGAAAACGGGUGGGAAUUAUGGUUUAACAAAACCUGUAGAAGUUGUGGACAUUGAGAAGCAUAUGUACAUGGCAACCGCACCUUAUCCUGAUAUAGUGGUGAGGACAGCAGGUGAGAAUCGCCUAAGCAACUUUCUGCUGUGGCAAACGGCAUGCAGCCAAUUGUACUCUACCCCCACGCUGUGGCCAGAGGUGAACUUUUGGCAUUUGGUUUUGGCAGUCUUGAAUUUUCAGCGAAACCAUUCUUACUUGGACAAGCAAAAGAAGCUACUAUAAAUCUUGUUAUGAAUG